AUGCCGCCCGAGUCGGCGCUCGCGAGCAGCCGCGAGAGCGCGGACGACUGGGUCUCCGGCCCGUUCGAUCUCAGCGGCGACGACGAUGACGGGGCGUCGACGGACGACCGCGAGAGCGCGGACGACGCGCGCGUCCCCGAUCGAUCGAUCGAUCGUCCCGAGCGCGCCUCUCCCGCGUCCCGAGCGGCGAACGCCGCUGACGCAGCCUUCGACGACGACGCCGGCGCGCGCGCGUGGAUGGCGCUGUGCGAGGAGGCGAUGACCGGCGGGUUCCGCGAGCGCGAGGCGUGGGACGACGAGACGACGGCGCUGCUCUCGCGCGCGCGGCGGCUCGCGCGCGGAGGGGUGCGCGGAGAGAAGGCGGAAGAGGGGAAGGAGAAAGACGACGACGACGACGACGGCGACGACGACGACGACGACGGCGACGACGACGCGGCGCGGCCGGCGCGCGAGGACGAAAACGCACGACGACGAAGCGUUUCCAACCUCCUCCGUCCCCAGAACAUCCCGCCCUCCGCGGCGCUCGUCCUCGUCGGCGUCCUCCUCGGCGUCCUCCUCGGCGUCUUCGCGGCGUCGACGAACGCGGUUCCCGCGUCCUCCCGAUCCCCGUCGCUCAGGCGCGUUCCACGUCACACUGGUCCCCAUACGACCGCGUUCGCGUUGUGA